CGAUUAAGAUCAACACUGUUCAGCGGAAUUGAUAAAAAGAAAAAUCAAUAAAACACAGAGCUUUUUUGAAAGCUGCAAAAAUUUAUGAUAACUUUCUCCCAUUUCAGUAAAAUUUUUCCAACUGAGCACGUGAGAGUUGCGACUCUCGCGCUCUGAGAAUUUUCAAUAAUUAAUUUCCAAAAGGACGCAUCAAAUCAACCAUCAUGUUUCAAAAUUUUCAUAAAAUAUGUUCUUUUUGAUUACCUACCUGUUUUGUUCGCCUCAUACAAUAUAAUUUGAAGCUGACGCUGAAAUGUACUCCUAGCUUGGCAUAAUUUCUCCAAUCUGGAAUUCAGAAUCGAAGCAGAUCAUUGAAUAGGCAGACACGUCAACUUGUUUUUGAAAAAUGGCUCAAUUAAAGAGACGGAAAUUUUCUAAAAGUACGAAGCAGGAAAGUCGUAGUGUAUCAACACCUAAGGAUCCAGCUCAUCGGACAAGUUUCAAUAUUUAUUUACCAUCUGAGAAAAUAAUACGAAUAGGAGUUUUGUUAUCUGUCUUGGGUAUUAUUAUUUUUAGUAUCGGUACAUAUUAUGUUCAAACUAUUCACGACAAUGAACGAUCUUUUUCCGAUUUGAGUGACUUGGAAAGGGAAAUAAGUUUUAGAUCAGAAAUGGGAUUUUAUUAUUAUUUUUUUAAAAGCUUCAUCAGCUCAAGAUCGUGUUCUGCUGGUUUUCGAAAGUUUCUUCGUGAACCUUUCAUCGAAUAUCCGGAUGUGGUCAAUGCUAUGCAAAGAUUUACUAUUUGGCCAGAGUUUUUUAUUGGAUUACUGUAUAAAAUAUUAAAUGCCUACGAUUUACUUUCUUACGAAUGUUUCUCAUUUAAAAGAGAUGAUGGAUUUACAUACGAAUCUUGUGUCGGAUUGGGCGAACCUAUUUUUUUCUAUCUACAAUUCGCAUGGUAUUCGGCUGGUUUUACUGCAGUUUUUGUAUUUUAUUUUGGAUUAUAUCUCAGCAAAUCGGCGUUCGGAGGAUUUCUUUCCGUGCUGUCAUUUUUUUAUAAUCAUGCAGAAUGCAGUCGAGUUCAGUGGGCUCCACCGUUGAGAGAAACGUUCGGAUAUCCAUUGAUUUUAUUUGAAAUGUUAGUCGUUUCAAUUACUAUGGAUAAGAAUUCGGAACUUAAUUAUUUUCAAUCAGCUCUACUUUCCAGUGAUGAAGAGGAACAAUCUAGUCAUGCGAUGAAAUCAAAAAAAUCUAGUCAUAAAAUUUAUUCUUUCGGAUUGAUCUUACAUGCAUCAAUAUUGUCAAUAACAACUGCGCUGGCAUUAAUGUUUUGGCAGUUUUCUCAAUUCGUAUUAUUUACUCAAUUCUGUAUUAUAUCAUUUUUAUACGUGUGUAACGAGUUACCAGAAAAUUUCAUGAUCCUUUUCACCUUCAGCCAAUGGAUUGGAAUAUUCACUGCGUGUUUUUGCAUGCAAUUCAACGAUAUGUUGGUUUCAUCUUUAUUCAACUGUUGGACGACGGCUACUUUCAUGAUGUUCCUUGCGUUUAGGUUUGCAAACCUACCUAAAUUUGUGAAAAAUAUGUUCGCAAUUUUAAUGGUUCCGAUGGUUACCUUUGUUUUGAGGCACAGUAUUUUCACAGAAGAUGAUAGCCAUAUUUUUAGUUUAUUGAAAUCGAAGCUCACAGAUUUCGAAAAUUUCCAUACGCUGAUUUACACGUGUAGCGCGGAAUAUAAUUUUUUGCCUUUGAGCAUUUUACUCAACCUUUCUUACUCAGGAUUAAUACCACUGGUUGUGAUAGUAUUGGCAAAUAUAUUUUAUUUUUGGAUAAAGACUGCUAAAGGAAAUAAGUUUUUUGGUGAUAUUGACGUCCCAGUGAUUUAUAAUUUGAUGCAAUUAGGUAUUUUUUGCGUGAUGGCGGUUUUUUUCAUGCGUCUAAAAUUAUUCAGCAAUCCACACUUGUGUAUUAUUGCAUCGUUGUUCGCAUCCAAGUAUAUGCCGAGUUUUAUUCGACGCUGGAAUGUAAUCUGGGUUUUGAUCGUUGUACUAUGCAUGAGUUAUCAAGGAAUCCAGAAUAUAAAAUCUGAACGAAGCAGUACUGGUACCUUCACUUACCCCCCAAUGGAAGACUUGUUGAACUACAUUCAAAAUAACACACCUCCCGAAAGUGUAUAUGCAGGACCGAUGACUAUGAUUUCAGCCAUACUGGUAGCUAUGCAAAGGCCAGUUGUAUUACAUCCUCAUUACGAGCACGUCAAAAUAAGAAAUCGUACAAAAGAUGUCUACACAAUUUUCAGUCGUAAAAGUGAAAACGAAGUUUAUGAAAAACUCUCUGCAUUACACGUUAAUUACGUAAUUAUCGAUUACAUGUGGUGUUACUCAACAUCAAAAAUGGGUUGCCUUUUAACCGAAACGUGGGAUAAAGAAGAUAUUAAAAAUAGAAAAAACCCAUCUUUUUGUAGCAGAGUUUACGAAAAUUCUACAGGUCUAGUAAAUUUCGAAGAAGUUUAUCAAAAUGACGCGUUUUCACUUCUAAAAGUGAAAAAUCCCAAAGUGAAACAAAAUACUGCAUGUGUAGAACGAGAUGAGUCAUCAUCACUCAACAAAACUAAAAACAAAACAGCUACAGAGAUAUUAUGAUAAUAAUAAGGAACGAGUUGUAAUAAAUUACAUAUUUUAAAAAAUAAAGAAAAUUCAAAUUCAAA